UUCAAAUUAAAAUUCGGCUUGGUAACAGUUUCGGAAAUUCUGCUCAAAAUCUAACUGCAUGCAUAUGUCUGGUCAGGAAAGUCGGGAAGGCAGAGCCGUGCAGGCCGCUGGAGAUCUGAUCGAAACUAGAUGGCCCUUUGGAUAUGAACCGAGAAGAACGCUGCCAGUUAUCAUGCACUAACAAAAAAAAGGUGAAUGCGGAAAAUUCGCUCCUGGCACUUUUUAAGUUCAGCUCUGAGCAGGACGAUCUCUUUCGCAAUCGAAAUUUUACCUCGAAUGAUGACCUGAAUCUAGCCGUGUCCACUUGGCUUCACCACUCCCUAAAUGACGUGUCCCUGCAGCAGUCCUACGAUCCAACGGCUAUGGCUCCAUAUCCACAGUUGCAGAAACGCCAGCAGGUUCAAAAACACCAUCCGGUGUACUUGCCACAGGCGUAUCCUUUAAUGAACCAACAACAGCUAAUACAACAGCAGCAACAAGAGCAACGUCAACAGCAGCAGUAUUACUUCGCCCAGAUACAUCCCCAUAUGGGAGCAGCAUAUGACACACGGCCAUGGCUUCUGUAUCCGAAUCAUCAACAAUCGGACCAAAACGGCAGCUACCAAUAUUGGUAUGGCAGGCCUCAGCCGCUAUAUACACAGCCAGCUGCGCCUCCUAAUCCAAACUUUCCUGGGAUCAUACCUCCCUCCUAUCAACAGGCAAACGGAGCUUAUAGCCAGUCCGCACCUGCACCAAAACAUAGAGGCAAGGCCGCAAACAGAAUACGAAGUUCCGCCCACAAUGACCAGGCCCAACCCGGAUUUAUAUCAGGACGACCCAGGGCCGGUGGGCGUCUUAGCUCCCGCCCCGAAUCUUCGACCGGCUACACUGGCAGCCAGAAGCGCAUCGACAGUCUUAGCAGAUUCCAAGCUGAAAGCGGAUCGCGAAUUCGUGACUUCGAAGAGGAUAAGUUGAAGUAUAGGCGCAUUGCAGCAAGAGCUCGAUGCCGAGGUAUUGAGGAAGUGGGCAGAAAGCUGCAGAAGGAAAAUGAGAUCCAGGAAAGAAAAAGCAAGGAAGAUAAGCUUGAUGCAAAUCUGGGAAGUGGAGCUAGCAGUUUAUUUCAAAGACUUGCUCAAUUCAUGCGCUCUCGCUCACGGAGGAAGUCCAAGCUCACGCAACCUAAAUCUAAUAACCGCGAUGAGGCGCCCCAAAACUCCUCGGUAAUUUCAAAACCAAAAAAGCGAGGCCUUUUGAGUCGAUUUUUUGGGGAAGUGCGCGAACAGGAAGUUGAUAUCUGUGACCAGCGGCAAACCAAAUCAGUAUCAGUAUCUAGCGUCCACUACCCCACGAAUAUGCCCAUGAGCAACAGAGAUCUGGAGGAUCUUCGUGAAGCGGAAAACUUUAGAAAACUGCGGGAGAGGCAGCAAAGGAAGAAACUUGAAGACAGCUAUCUGACACCAGCCGAGAAGUAGACAUAGAUUACCAAAAUAGUUUCAAAUAGACCAAAUUUAAAAUUAAUCGCAUUCAAUUACAAAAUAAAUUUAGCGUCGAAAACCCCA